GGCGAGAGAGAGAAACUGAUCCUUUUGAUUAACUGUAGAAACACAUCGCAUGGUUUAUAUUUAAGAUGAGACAUUUCACAAUGCAGCAAACCUAAACAAAAUUUUUAAAAUGCCCACACUUUGUGUUUCCAGUGUACUCUUUCCUCGAGUGUAUUUAUAUCAAACUCCCGAUUUAAAGGAUUUCUUUUUCAUGGAUAUUAAGUUCAAGAUCCAAGUUAAUUUUCAUUAGCCUCCAACUGAGAGUUUAAAAAUGUCAGAACCCCUAGAAAAAUACAGUAAGGCUGCCUUUCCAACGUAAGAUUGGAAAUCCUGCACCAUCCCUGUUUUCAUCUUUUGAUUGCUGUUGGUGGUUUGCUGAGGUCCGCGUGAAGGGAGGCAUUGAAUUCAGUCACUUAUGCUGCAAUUUGGGGAGCCCUUCUCCCAUUGGCUCCUUCGCUAUAUUGUUUCUGGCCACAGCUAUUUAUACUCGAUGACAUUGACUUCUCCUUCCCAUUUUGGUGGCCUGCCACUCAGCCGGAAAAGAAAUCCAUCUGAAAAGUGAAGGUUAAUUAACGGAAAUGGAUCAUUUAUAUGUUGAAUAUUACAGUGGGAAGGUGGACUCACCAAUGAACUUGAAGCAUCCCCAUGACCUAGUCAUAUUAAUGAGACAAGAAACAACAGUUAACUACCUCAAAGAACUGGAGAAACAGCUAGUUGCUCAGAAAAUUCACAUAGAGGAGAAUGAGGACAGAGACACGGGCCUGGAACAGAGACACAAUAAAGAAGACCCCGACUGUAUCAAGGCCAAAGUGCCUUUGGGAGACCUGGACCUUUAUGAUGGCACAUAUAUAACUCUGGAGAGCAAGGACAUCAGGCCUGAGGAUUUCAUAGACACAGAAUCUCCUGUCCCUCCAGACCCAGAGCAACCUGACUGUACUAAAAUCCUAGAGCUUCCAUAUAGUAUACAUGCUUUUCAGCACUUGCGAGGUGUACAAGAGAGAGUUAAUCUCUCUGCCCCUCUCUUACCUAAAGAAGAUCCAAUCUUCACAUAUUUGUCUAAACGCUUAGGAAGGAGUAUCGACGACAUAGGUCAUCUCAUUCACGAAGGCCUACAGAAGAAUGCUUCCUCCUGGGUACUGUAUAACCUGGCUUCAUUUUACUGGAGAAUAAAAAAUGAGCCAUAUCAGGUAGUGGAGUGUGCCAUGCGAGCGCUUCACUUCUCUUCCAGGCACAAUAAAGACAUUGCUCUGGUCAAUUUGGCCAAUGUUCUACACAGAGCGCAUUUCUCUGCGGAUGCUGCCGUCGUGGUCCAUGCAGCUCUGGAUGACAGUGACUUCUUCACCAGCUAUUACACACUGGGGAAUAUAUAUGCAAUGCUCGGGGAGUACAACCAUUCGGUGCUCUGUUACGACCAUGCUUUGCAAGCCAAACCUGGGUUUGAGCAAGCUAUAAAGAGGAAGCAUGCUGUCCUGUGUCAGCAAAAACUGGAGCAGAAGCUAGAGGCUCAGCAUAGGUCCCUUCAGAGAACGCUGAACGAGUUGAAGGAGUACCAGAAACAGCAUGACCACUACCUCCGGCAGCAGGAGAUCCUGGAGAAGCACAAGCUGAUUCAGGAGGAGCAGAUCCUGCGCAACAUCAUCCACGAGACGCAGAUGGCAAAAGAGGCGCAGCUGGGAAAUCAUCAGAUAUGCCGGCUGGUCAACCAGCAGCAUAGCUUGCACUGCCAAUGGGACCAACCUGUGCGCUACCAUCGAGGAGAUAUCUUUGAAAAUGUGGACUAUGUUCAGUUUGGUGAUGAUUCGUCAACCUCCAGUAUGAUGUCCGUGAACUUCGAUGUUCCUACAAAUCAGAGUGAUGUCAGCGAGUCUGUCAGGUCUUCUCCUGUAGCCCAUUCUGUUCUCUGGGUCUGGGGCCGUGACUCUGAUGCGUAUAGGGACAAACAACAUAUUCUUUGGCCUAAAAGAGCAGAUUGUACAGACAGCUAUCCCAGAGUUCCCCUUGGUGGAGAAUUGCCAACAUACUUUCUGCCUCCGGAGAACAAAGGACUCAGGAUCCACGAACUGACCAGUGAUGAUUAUUCUUCAGAAGAGGAGGCCCAACCCCCUGACUGUUCCAUAACUGACUACAGAAAAAGCCACACUCUGUCCUACUUAGUCAAAGAAUUAGAGGUCCGCAUGGAUCUGAAAGCCAAAAUACCCGAUGACCAUGCACGCAAAAUUUUACUUUCCCGUAUUAAAAACUAUACUGUCCCAGAAGAAGAAAUUGGGUCUUUCUUGUUUCAUGCUAUUAACAAGCCAAAUGCUCCUGUCUGGCUCAUUCUGAAUGAAGCAGGCCUGUACUGGAGAGCAGUAGGAAACAGCACCUUUGCUAUCGCCUGCCUCCAGAGGGCUUUGAAUUUAGCUCCAGUUCAAUACCAGGACAUUCCUCUUGUCAACCUGGCCAACCUUUUGAUUCAUUACGGCCUUCAUCUUGAUGCUACAAAGUUGCUGCUGCAAGCCGUGGCUGUCAACAGCUCUGAGCCCCUGACCUUUUUGAGCCUGGGAAAUGCUUACCUUGCUCUGAAGAAUGUCAGCGGGGCACUUGAAGCCUUCAGACAGGCCUUGAAGCUAAGCACCAAAUGCCCAGAGUGUGAGAGCAGCCUGAAGCUGAUCCGCUGCAUGCAGUUCUACCCGUUCCUGUACAACGCCACCUCUUCUGUCUGUGGCGGUCAUUGUCAUGAGAAACCCCUGGACAACAGCCAUGACAAACAGAAAUACUUUGCCAAGCCACAGUCAUUGGAUGCUGCUGCAGAAGAGCCCUCUGGGCACGGAGCAGACGAGGACCCUGUGCUGUCUGUUGAGAACGCAGGGAGGGACUCAGAUGCCCUUAGACUUGAAAGCACAGUGGUUGAAGAGAGCAAUGGUUCUGACGAGGUGGAGAAGUCAGAUGAAACAAAGAUGUCCGAAGAGAUACUGGCUUUGGUGGAUGAGUUUCAGCAGGCCUGGCCUCUGGAAGGCUUUGGGGGAACAUUAGAAAUGAAGGGGCGACGUCUGGACCUACAGGGAAUACGUGUACUGAAGAAAGGACCCCAGGAUGGAGUAGCCAAGAGCUCUUGCUAUGGAGACUGCAGAAGUGAAGAUGAUGAAGCAACAGAGUGGAUCACAUUCCAGGUCAAACGUGUAAAGAAACCCAAAGGGGAUCAUAAAAAACCUCCUGGGAAAAAAGUAGAGGCAAGUCAGGCAGAGAAUGGACAACGUUACCAAGCAAACCUGGAGAUCACUGGCCCAAAGGUGGCAUCCCCUGGGCCCCAAGAAAAGAAACGUGACUACCAGAGUCUGGGGUGGCCCAGUCCUGAUGAGUGCCUCAAACUCCGCUGGGUAGAGCUAACUGCCAUUGUGAGCACCUGGCUAGCAGUUUCUUCAAAAAACAUCGACAUCACAGAACACAUAGACUUUGCCACACCCAUACAGCAGCCAGCCAUGGAACCGCUGUGCAAUGGCAAUCUCCCCACGAGCAUGCAUACCCUGGACCACUUACAUGGAGUGUCCAACAGAGCCAGCCUACACUACACGGGUGAGAGCCAGCUAACAGAGGUACUGCAGAAUCUUGGCAAGGACCAAUAUCCGCAACAGUCACUUGAACAAAUCGGCACCCGAAUUGCCAAGGUUUUGGAAAAAAAUCAGACAUCCUGGGUCCUCUCCAGCAUGGCAGCCCUCUACUGGAGAGUGAAAGGUCAGGGGAAAAAAGCCAUUGACUGCCUGCGCCAGGCCCUCCACUACGCUCCCCACCAGAUGAAGGAUGUGCCCCUCAUCAGCCUGGCCAACAUCCUGCACAAUGCCAAGCUCUGGAACGAUGCUGUCAUCGUGGCCACCAUGGCCGUGGAGAUCGCGCCACACUUUGCUGUGAACCACUUCACCCUGGGCAAUGUCUACGUGGCAAUGGAAGAAUUUGAGAAGGCCCUGGUGUGGUACGAGUCAACGCUGAAGCUACAGCCAGAGUUUGUGCCCGCCAAGAACCGGAUCCAGACAAUUCAGUGCCACCUCAUGCUGAAGAAGGGCCGUCGCUCUCCCUAGAGCACUCCUUCCUGUCCCUCGGCUCUCCCAGCCCUCGUCAGAACAGAGCCCCACCACUGCUGGUACCCGCAUGGAUGAUGUGUGUGAAUUGCCAAGUAAAAUGUAGCAGAGCUUGGCCUUGCAGGGCCAGCUGGGUUUGCUUGGUUUUAAGUUCCUCCUCCCCCAGCCGCCCUCCGAAGAAGCAUCUUCAGAAACAGGGUUUCCCAGACACUGUAAAUACUGAGCCAGGACAACUCGGAGCUCCGCUCUGUCUUCCAAACCUCCAUGCCUUCAAGGCUCCUCUGUGGUCCAGACGUUUCCCUGGGGAGGCCAGAGCCACGCUGCCCAUUCUCUGCUUCCUGUGUAGCCUCCGUUGUCCCUGGAAUCGCAGUGCUGCCCGGGGCCAGUCAGUGAGAAGCAGGGAUUCUCCACGUCCCCACCAGCUCUCCUCCCUGACCCAGUCUCGUCCAUUCCACGCUGCUAUGUUACAAGCUCUCAGAGAUAGUUUGCAGGGGAGGAAGGGGAAACAACUUUACAAACGAAAUAUUUACAACAGCAGAAACUCUUAGGGUCAGCUGACCUUUGUAAGUUAUUUAUGUUGGGGUGGGAGGGGGGCUGAGCAGGGGAGUCAGCCAUGUGCAACAUCUUUAUCAUUUGUAUUUUAAUUGCCGAUCACAAGGAAACCAAUAUGUUGAAGUCCUAUAUAACAGGUUUAUAUAUAUAGAAUAUGUGUAUUUGAAGCCCUCUACAGACUGAGUCUGUGUUACUAAUUCCUUGUUCGCUGUGUUUCCUGUCUUGGACUAGGCGUGACUGUCAGCCCUCUCUCUGAGGCUGGCACCCCAGCUCCUCAGAAGAGAGCCAGGAGCCAAGGUUGGGUGUCCCAUACAGUGCCCUCAUCUUUGGUCCCUGGAGAAUCAAAAACUCCAACAUUUUGGAUUCUUUACGGGCACAUCCUGAGAACAAAAAUAAAAAUUGUUUAUGAGCAAAAUCA